AUGGAAGACAAAUGCGAGCACUGUGGUGUGGAGUCUGAGACAGCACUUCAUGUUGUUUGGGAAUGUGCUAUGCUUGAUGUAAUAUGGGAGGCCGUUCCAGGUUUUGAAAGCCGCCAACAGUCCCUCAGUCAACCUUCAGCAACUCAGCGAACCCAGCCUCGCACACGGUGGUGCCCGCCUUCACCAAACUGCUUUAAACUGAAUUUUGAUGGAGCCUCUUUUCCGGAGCUAGGUAAGGCUGGACUGGGUGUGGUCGUGCAUGAUAGUCAAGGAAGUAUGAUCGCCUCAUUGUCUGAACAAGCUCCUUUGCCAUUCUCAUCGGAUAUCGUGGAAGCCAUGGCAGCAGCAAGGGCGUUGAUCUUUGCACAAGAACUAGGGAUAACUGAAUUUGUUCUGGAAGGAGAUUCUGAGGUAGUGGUCAACUCUCUACGUAGCAACGAAAUCUCCUUUUCUUCUUUUGGCCACCUAUUGGAGUCAGCAAAAUCUUUACUCGGCCCAAUGACUGGUAUCAGCUUCUCCCAUGUACGUAGAUGUGGUAAUAGAAUAGCCCACAACCUAGCUAGACAUGCAAGAAAUGUCAGAGGUUUGUCGGUGUGGGUUGAGGAUGUCCCACCACACUUAGUUGAUGUACUUUUUGCCAAACCUGGUUGA